AUGCGCAUCAUUCCAGUUCCUGUGCGUGACGACAAUUAUGCGUACAUCAUGAUGUCGACGCCCACAAAGUCUGGCGUGCGUCCCGAGGCCGUCUUUGUAGACCCAUACGACGUCCCGAAAGUGCGUGCAGCGGCACACGAGCUGGGCCUAAAAGACAGCGACAUUGUUGGGCUUCUCACUACGCACAAGCACUUUGAUCAUGCCGGAGGCAACAAGAAUUUCAUGCAACAGUACCCCAACCUGCCCAGCUAUGGUAGCUCCAGCGACAUCCCAACUGUAUCCCACGUCUUGCACGACGGCGAAAGCACGACAUUGUUUGAGAACUCGGCGGCGAUCCGCCUGAGCGCAUACGCAACUCCAUGCCACACCCGCGACAGCACUUGUUUUCUAGCCGAGGAUAUGCGUAGCGAAGAAGAACUUGCACGCACGCCUGCUGGCGUACAGCAAGGUUCCAAGGGCGACAAGAAACGUGGCGUUUUUACGGGCGACACGCUCUUUAUUUCUGGAUGCGGCCGUUUUUUUGAAGGCACGCCGGCAGAGAUGAACAGGGCGCUCAAUGUCGUGCUUGCAGGGCUCCCCCAGGAUGCACUGGUCUACUGCGGACAUGAUCUUGCCUCUAAACGCAACAAUGGGGUCACGACCGGCCUGUAUACAUUGGCCGAAGAGCGCGAGCACAACCCAUUUAUGCUCGUGAAUGACCCCCACGUGCAGCGUAUUACUGGAUCUCAGGACCCUGUAGAAGUUUUGCGAAUCUUGCGCGAAGCCAAGAAUCAAGGGUUCUUGCCCUCGAGCAUCUAG